UGAGUGAAUUAAUAAGACAUACAGUAGACAGUGUCCUGGAUAGAAAGAUAGAUAAGUGCUUUUUUUGAAGGAAAAAAAAAGUAGCUUUUGCUUCCGAUGGAGAGUAGUCAUCUUCUUCUGACACGCACUUGCUGCUGCUCAUUCUCACUUCAAUCUCCAUCUUCAUCAAUUCUCCAUUUCCCAGCCUCUCGUUCCUUCCGAUUCCGACGCAGCCAAACAAACUCUUCCAUCAAUUCUUCUUCACUACCUGACGCUACUUCUCCUCUUCCAUCUACAGCGACUAAGGCUGCUGCCUCAGAUUUAUCUCUUGCGGUCAAGAAGAAAGCAGCAGAUGUAUCCCCAGAGUUGAAAGGCACUUCCAUAUUUUUGGUUGGUAUGAAAAGCUCUCUUAAAACCAGUCUAGGAAUACUGCUGGCUGAUGUAUUGCGAUAUUAUUAUUUUGACAGCGAUAAUUUGGUGGAAGAAGCUAUAGGCGGUGCAUCAGUUGCAAAAUCCUUCAAAGAGAGUGAUGAAGCCGGCUUCAAUGACGCUGAGACUGAAGUGCUUAAGCAAUUGUCGUCUAUGGUUCGACUAGUAGUUUGUGCUGGAAAUGGUGCUGUUCAAAAUAAAACUAAUUUGGCACUCCUGAGACAUGGGAUUACAUUGUGGAUAGAUUUGCCUUUAGACUUUGUGGCCAGGGAUGUAACCGAAAAUCAGAGUCAAUUUCCUUCAUUUGAGAUAUCUACUUCAGGAUCUUACCCAGAGGUAAUGGAUGAACUGGGCGCUCUAUACGACGAGUACAAAAAUGGCUACGCAACAGCUGAUGCAACUAUUUCACUUCAAAAAGUAGCUUCUCAGUUGGGUUAUGACAACUUAGAUGACAUUACAGCAGAGGACAUGGCUUUGGAGGUUCUUGGGGAGAUUGAGAAGUUGACCAGAGUAAAGAAGAUGAUGCAAGAAGCUGCAAGGCCAUUUUAAUCAAUCUGGGGCAUGUUUGCCUUACGAAUUUCAAAAUUCAAGCAGUAUUUUUGAAUUUACCUAUUUGCUUACAUAUGGUGUUGUUUAUUGGGAUGAUCUGAUGAUACUAGUUUCAUUUCAAAAUUCAGAAAGUAUCAUUUUGUUUUUAGCAAAAAAAUUAAUUUGUAUAAAAUUUCAAUACAAUUUAGACAACAAUUUUAAUGCUUAUUGCACUUUAAACA